UUUUUUUUUUCAUUUUAUCAUUUUAUUUUAACAUUGUCUUCUUACGUCCAUGUUUUUAUCUCAUAUUUCCUUAUAAAAUACGUAUAGUUAAUUUUUAAAUAAUAAUGUUAACCCAAAAGGACUUUUUACUAAAUAGUUGUUCAACGACGUCAUUUCCUCGAAAUAACAAUUCUUAUAAUUUACAUACGACAAAAAUUAUAUGUUUCAUAUUAAUUAUAUUAUCAAUACUAAUACCCGUUCGUUCUCACGUCGUAAAAAGAGCAUCAACGUGUAAUACUUCUAAAUCUCCUGAAGAAACUCCCCCCACUACAUUGUUUUGUAGUCCUGAAGAAGGCAGUGAAUAUAAAGUCGGUCAAAUCGUCAAUCUGAGUUGGAAUCCUUAUAAUCCUUCAUUAGCUAUUGAAACGGAAGUGGAAGUUUAUCUUCUUAGACAGCAACAAAAUACUAGUGGAAUUGAAGAUACGAUUAUAUUAAAUCCAAAAAUUUCAACAGCAUAUCUAUUAGAACCUAUAGAAGAAAACUCUAUAGAUUUUACUGUAGAAUCUGGAUGGUUUCCUGAUUAUAAUAAUUCAAUUCCGAACGAAAAUAGUAAACACACUUUUGUAUUUAGAGUAAUUCCAAAGGGACAUUAUGAAAAUCUCAAUCUCGAUAUUUACAAAUCUAAAGAAUUUAUAGCUAUAGAAUCGAAACCAACAUUAAAAUCAGAACCAGUUGCUUCAAUAUCUGUUAAGACUGUUCAAGCAGCUGCUCCCACGAAUACUGUUACACCGCCAAUUAAUUCAGGAGAUCAGAAAAAAGAUAAAUCCGAAAAAAAUGUGUUUAAUGUGUUUAUAGCAGUUGCUAGUGUUGCUGCAUUUUUAGCCUUUAUUGCGAUUGUUAUUGCUAUCAGGAAUAGAAAACGUGUCAAUAAUCAAACUAAACAAAGUUUAUCAAAUCUUUCUAUGAGUUCAAGCACUCCAAUGAUUACUCCUUUGUCCAUUGGCAAAUUCGGAAGUAAUAAUCGUGACUCUGAAUCCCCUGUGGAAGCGGAGUCGAUUCAUUCCACAACUCCACUUGCGAAUAAAGAUGAAAUGCGCUUAAAUCCGAAAUCUAAAGUUUCUUUCGAAAAUCAACCGAUAUCUGCUUCAGAUGCUGCACUUCUUUCAGAUGCAUUCCGUAAAGUACUGCGAAAGCCAGAUUGGAAACCAGAAGAUGAUGAGGAUGAUGAUACUAAUCUAUCACAGGAAGAACGUUUACGGAGGAGAGAAGCGAAAGAAUUAAUGAAAAAAGAACUUGCAGAAGAAGGAACUGAUUUACAGAAUAUUUCAAUAAGGCAUACUAAAGUAGAGAUUCGUAAUAUAAGUGAUGAACUAGGAAAAGAUGGUGCUAGCCUUUCAUCAGAGUCUGAAUCAAAAUAAAAAGAUUGUUAGUUUGUAUUUUAUUUGCUCAUUAGUAGUGAGCUUGGGAAUUGUAUUUCCAAUAAGUCUUUUUUGUUAAUAUAAAUUCUUGUACUAAUCUGUAUUUUAUUGUUACUAUUUACUAAUCCGGUGAUUUAUUGUUAUUAUAGAUUUUACAUUUAUAAUCAAAAAUAUGAUAGAUAAGGGUUAGGUGUAUACCAUUCUUUAUUAUUUUCUUUUAGCAAAUUAUUUUCAUAUUGAAUUUGAAAGUGUUUUUAUUUAAAACUUGUAAUUAUACCUGUUGACGUAAUAAUUAAC